AUUCGCUUUUGGAUCACAUACAAUAACUAAUUUCAGUUCUUAGUAUGUCUUCAUCAAAUUUAUAUUAUUGGUUUUUAUUUGAGUAAUAAUAAACUUAUAUGGUAAUACAUAUGCAUAGCGAUCUCUCCACAAACUUUCUCAGUGGCUCCAUACCUCCAUCUUUGGGGAAUUUGUCGUCUCUUGAAUAUCUCCGUCUCUCGCGAAACUUCCUCAAUGGCUCCAUACCUUCAUUUUUGGGGAAUUUGCCGUUCCUCAAAUAUCUGAGUUUGUGGUGUAAUAUGUUAUCAGGUCAAAUCCCAAAAGAAUUGGGCAACCUCUCUAAUCUCCGAGUGAUGAACUUGGCCUUCAAUGAACUCACUGGUCAGCUUCCACCAGAACUUGGAAGAUUGGGAUCUCUAUAUGCUUUAGAGUUGAGCUCCAACAAUUUGAGUGGAGACUUGCAGGGAAAUUGCUCCCACUUUACUUCGGAUCAAUUGGGGUGGUUUGGCGUAGGUGGGAACCGUUUGACCGGUCAAAUACCAAGGUUCAUUGCGAAUUGGACUCAACUCUAUUACCUGUCCCUCUCCGGGAAUGAUUUUGAAGGAGAGCUGCCUCUUGAACUUCUUUUUAACAUGUCAAAUCUCGAAUACUUGUUUGUUAGUGAUGUAAGAAGCUCGGCCGGUUUCCCUUUCCCAAAAUAUGCAAAUAUGACGGGAAUAAGAUACCUGAUGAUAAGGAAUUGCUCAAUAAGUGGUAAAAUCCCCCCGUACAUUGGUGAUUGGUCAUCGUUAAAAUACCUAGACUUGAGCUUUAACAACUUAACGGGUCGAAUACCAGAUUCCAUGAAAAACCUGAAUUUGACUAAGAUGUUUCUCACGAGAAAUAUGCUUAGUGGCACACUACCUCCCUGGCUUCCUCAUAAAAUUGAGGACAAGGCGGACUUGUCAUAUAAUGAUUUUGAAAUUCCAAUUGAUGGUCCGAAGAAAGAAGGAAAGCUGAACAUGUAA